UACGCUGUGUUUGCCUCGGCUGCGUGUCCCGCUUUGGCCUCGCAGCCCUCUGGAGCGGCCCCAUGGCAGCGGUCUAUUCGGGCGUCCACCUGAAGCUGAAGAGCGCGAAGACCUCCUGGGAAGACAAACUCAAGCUAGCCCAUUUCGCAUGGAUUUCUCACCAGUGCUUUCUUCCUAAUAAAGAGCAAGUAUUGCUUGACUGGGUAAGCCAUACAUUGGUUUCAUACCACAACAAGAAACUUGAGCUGGAGGAUGAAGUCGUUGAGAAACUCUGGGCAUAUCURGACAAUGUUAUCCACAGUAGAAGACUACAGGAUCUUUUAAAGAAUGGAAAGACAAUCAAUCUCAGUUUUGCUAUUGCACAGGUCAUAAAUGAAAGGUUGUCGCAGUCCUGCUCCCGAAAGGCACGGCAGAGCAUUGGCACGGUGCUGAGCUGCUCCAGCGGCAUCCUUUCCACUCCUUCGCUCGCCGUCAUCUACACAGCUAAGUGUGAGCUUUUGGUCGAUCUCCUCAGCAAGCUGUCUGAGCUGGCUUGUCAGCAGCUGGCUUCUGAUGAUGCUGUGAGCUCCCAGCUGUUCAGCACUCUGCAGCUUACCUUUGCUCAGUACCUCCUGAUCCAGAGGCAGCAGACCAACCCAAAUCGUGUCUUUGGGCAGGUGGCAAGCCACUUGCUCCAGCCAUGCCUGCUCCUGAGGCACUUGCUGACGGUGAGGAACUGGACACAGGCAGAUGACAGCCACGUGCGUCAGCACUGGAGCAGGGAAAUCCGAAAUCAAGUAGAGGUUCUGCUGCAAGCUGGACUGUUCCAGCCUGAGCUCUUCUCUUCCUACAGAGAAGAGCUGCUGCCAGAGCAGGAACAGCAGGAGAAGAAAAAAGGAGCUCUGAAGAGUCUUUUGCUACCGGUUGACACAAUUCGGACCAAGCUGGGCAGUGACUUUUGUGAACCUGCUCUCCAUGGGGCUGUUGUGGCAGGUUCAGUGUCCCUGCUCUACAAGCUCUUUCUGGACUCUUACAGCAAGGGAGAAAACGCCCUGCUGUGCUUCCACAUGUUCAGCAGGCUCUUCGACUGCCUCAGGCUCUCUGGCCUGCAGCAGGGUGCGAGGGGKGAUGAGCUGUCCCCCACAGGCUGGAGCACAGAGCUGCUUGCCUUGGAGCAGCUCUUGAGCUCGGUGCUGAGCUGCGAUAUCUACAACGUGGCCAGCGACCGCAUCCGGCACAAGGGGGUGCAGUUUGGCUUCUACCGGCGGCUGGCGCAGCUGCUCGUGCGGCACGCCCAGGCAGCCAUCCCUGCUUGGUUCCGGUGCCUCAAACUCCUCAUAGCCUUAAACCACCUCAUCGUGGAGCCAAACCUGCGGGACUUAGUGGCCUCUGCCUGGAUCGAUGCAAAGGCCUGUGAGCCACGCACAAAGAGGCCCCAGGAGGCUCUUAUCGGCGYCGUGUUUCAGACCUACUGCAAGCUGCGGCAGUUCCCGCGGCUCUUCGAGGAGGUGCUGGCUGUCGUUUGCCAGCCAGCUGCUGACGAGCUGAGAGCACCCGUGCUGUCUGCUGGCCUGACGGCCAAGCUUCGCGAGUGCCUCCUGGAGCUCCCACCCAACCAGAUUCUGGACAUUUUGUGUCUCGUAGUGGAGAAGUGCCAGACUCUGAUCAUUCCCGCUCUUGAGAGCGAUUCGAACAUGGUCUGGAAGCUGAUGUCCCUCAGCUCGGUGCUGCACGCUUUUCUGUUCAACAUGAGGAGCCUGGAUGAUGUGACCCCAGCCCCUGUGGUCCUUCGCACCCAGARUCUGCUGGCAGGGAUACAGAAUGAAAUAAUCCAGCCCCUGCUGGAACUGCUGCAGGCUCCUAGAGAAGAGGACUCGGAGCUUUGGUUAAGGAAGGCCAGUGACUCUGCCYUACUUCUUGUUUACACUUGGGUUGAAAUAAACACUUUAUUUGGUAUUAGUUGCAGCAAGUAUGUGUCUCCAUCAGCUGAAAUUGCUGCUACUGCAACUGCUGGAGUGCACAUGGGCAUUUCUGCUCUCCUCCCUGGUGUUGAGGAACAGUGUUGGGAAAAAGUCACGGCACUUGCAAGUAGUUUUGCCUCCACUGGUAAAUAUUGCCUGGAACUGCUCACACUCCAGAAAAUGAAGAUGAUUUUAAUGCAGACAAAGGGUGAUCCCCAGGCCUUGCAGCAUGCUGCAGCUUUCAUCGUGGAGUCUGGAAGAUCCAGCAUGAAUAAGGGAGAAACUGGACCUUGGGAUGGAGAUGUAAGUGCAGUAAAUGAUCUCACCUACCCCACAGCACACUGGCAUCUUGUCGUUUCCAACCUGACUAUUCUKUUGCCGUAUCUUUCCUUGAAAGAUGUGGAGUACAUUGCCAGCGUGCUUCUGGAGACAUCGGUAUUGGCCAAAGCCCAGGAAGCUGAUGGAGACCAGGAGGCUGCCAUCAGCAUUGGAAAGGUGUCUCUUAGUUUGCUGCAUAGUCCCUUUCUCCCAGAAAUGAAGGUGCUGCACUGUGCUUUUCUGAGCAGCCUUAUUCAUCAAUUCAGUAAGGUGCUGCACCCUGCCAGAGGUUCUGUAGAUCUGCCGCUGCAACAGCUGUCUGCAGAUAACAUCCCUUGGCACGAAGAGAUCCUGUCUCCUUGGAAAAGUGCUGACCUGSUGGAGACACAAUCAGAAAACAAGCCACCAAAGGAUGACUUCAACACGGCUUGGAAAACGCUGGAGAAAGCUGCCCAAUGUGUAUUACUGCUAGYGAAAAAUGGUUCUCCUCUCAUCCUGAAAGAAAAUCAGCUAGAAAGCUGCUUGAGCUUGCUAGAAAUCGCUUCUCUUCUGAAACUGGACAAUCUUUUUCCCUCAGACUGUAUCCGGUGUCAUCUCUUGCUGCUGUCCUUGGUAGCCAACACCAGGGCUAAUGCYUCUUGCAGCAAGGUGCUAUCACUGAAAUUUUUCCGGACCUGCUUCCACCUUCUGAGGUGCCUGCAAGCUGGCCGCAAUGCCAACUCUGUUUUUAAGGUUUUUCAUGCCAGUGAUGCUCUUGAGGCUCUAAUGACCUCCCAGUUCACGAUCAGCAAGUUCUUUGUUAAUACUCUGACUGAUCCUGCCUGGGCAGAGUAUCUCCAGGAAGCACAAACCUUUCUGGAGCACUUUCUUCAGAUAAUUGUUGAACGACGCCAGAGUGUGAGAAUCAAUUUGGAGAAGUUCCUGUCUUUCCUGGUGAGCUGCAAGCCAGAUGCUGGGGAAGCCAGAAGUAAAUGCUGUAAAAACUGGAAUCCUGCAGCUGGGCAGCUGCUGCUCAUGGCGUUUACCACCCUGUGCCAUGUCAUCACCCUUUACCUUCAGCAGCAGCCAGAAAAGAAGCUGCAGUCUGGGGAUGUGCUGCCGGCUCUGCUGGAGCCAGCAAUCCUGGAGCUGGGACGAGCUGUGGAGCAAGGUCUGCAGAGCAACGUGCAAAGCCAGCCCUUGCCCAUAGCGUUCAUACCGUCUGUCACUACUCUCCUCAAGGCGGAUCUGAGCCAUGCCCUCUGUAAAGGGGGCUGGCAGAAGAACCCUAAAGACCUCGGGGAAUUUUUGGAGCGCCCCCAUAUUAAGCUCUAUCAAAAGUUUUWCUCUCAGAUACUGAGAGAGCUGCCCUCUGCAGGAGGUCACCUCCAGUUCCUUCAGUCCGCCUUGCGGUUCUUAACCGUCUUCUGCUCAAUACCUGAUCUGUCUCCUGGAAAAGAAAAUGCAGUGACUGUGGUUUAUGCUGUAAAAAAGCUUCUUGCUGGUCCUGAAAUCACAGGCCAGGUGAUUCAAAAUCUAGAGAUGGAACUGACAGAGCUGCUUGUCCAGCUGCUGGGAAGCUGCUCUGCUGAAGAGUUUUAUGCCAUAAUGAGGCUCUUUCUGCAGGGACUUGAAGUGAAGAACGUUUGGCAACAGAAUGCUAAAGAAGUGGUGUCAGCUGUUACUCUAAUCAAAUUGUUGCUCAGCUGCCCAUUAAGUGGAGACAAGGAAAAAGCUUUCUGGUUUGCCAGCCCACAGAUAAUCACAGCCUUAGCUAUGCAAACCAAAGAAGCCUGCCAGGACCAAGCCCUGAUUUCCACCAUAGUUGUGCCUAUCCUGGAGACCACCGCAGCUCUGCUAAGGCAGGGAGAAGGGGUUCUCUCCAACCCUCACCAUGUGGCCUUGGCAUUCAGCAUUCUCCUGACGGUCCCACUAGACCAUCUGAAGAUGGAGGACUAUGGCAGUAUCUUCCUGGGAGUCCAUGAAGUGCUCUUCUCUAUUCUGCAGUGUCAUCCAAAGGUUAUGUUAAAAGCAGCACCAUCUUUCCUGAACAGCUUCCAUCGUCUGGUGGUUUCUGUUAUGCACGAAGGGCGUCAGAAAGGAGACAGAGUCAACACAGACGAAUAUGAAAUGGCGUUGAAAUGUGCACACUUGGUGGAACGAAUGUAUACUCAUAUUGCUGCAGAAACAGAAGAAUUUACUGUGUUUUCUGCCUUCAUUGUGGCCCAAUAUGUGACUGAAUUGCAGAAGGUGACUUUGCACCCAGCUGUGAAGAAGCAUCUCACCGAGGGGAUCUAUCGCAUCCUUGACCUUUGCAUUGAGCGAGACGUCAAGUUCUUAAAUGCGUCGCUGCCGGCAGGUGUAAGGGAAGUCUUUAAAGAUCUGUACAGUGAUUACAACCAUUAUCACAAAGCUAAAAGACAAGGGGAGGAAAAAUAUACUGCCUGAUGAAUUGUGUCCGGUGCUGCGUGAUCAGGCACGAUGUGAUCUUGUGCAGCGCUCAGAAAAUCCUCAGUGGCCAAUUGAUUUGAACUGCCUAGAAGGAUCCAAAGGGUUUCACUUAAACGUGGAUUGCAUCUGUGUCUCUACAGUCAGCCUUUAUCCCGGGGGGAGAGGGGAUGUUGGCAGGAGCAGGUACCUCCUGGGUGUUUUUCCCCUGUCUGUGGCGUGUGGCAGAGUUGCUGUGGCCGUGCAGGCCUGGGCCCUGGGGAGCUUGCGCUGCCCUGCUGCGCUGCCCUGCUGCAGGCUCUGCAGGCUGUGCAACUGUGCAGCCCAGCAGGGCUGUUGUGUGAGCAACACUCUGGGGCAGGAAAGCUGCACGGGUUMAUUCCUGCUCUUGCUUACAUGGUAAGCACAAUUAAAUGCGGUUAAAGCACAUCUGGUUUUGUGCCAUAUUAUUUUACAUUGGUACUGAGGAAAUGUGUGGAUGUUGUACAUCUGUACAGGCGGCUACUCUUACAAUACUGUGGAAAAACAGUAAAAAAAAUGGAAAACUUG